AUGUGUCUGCGUCUGGACUUGUGCAGCUCUCUCUCUGUACUCCGCGCUUUUGUCACUGUCACACAUGCCCAUCGUCUUGCAUCCCCUUCUCUCGCUCAGCCUAAGGUCCGUCUAAGGUGUCUAUGCGUACAUCCGCGGCCACCACGCCCCUCCCUCCCACCCGCCUCGCAAAAGAAGACAGAGGCGUGCGCCCUCCGUCUAGAGGAGGAGCCACGCGACAGCAGCAAAUUGUACGCCAUCGGGUCAAUGACGGAUCGGCGCACCUCGACCGGAUUCACACGUGCGCCGAUGCCACUCAUACACCGCGCUCCGCUCGCUGCGGUGCUCCUACUGCUACUCCUGUGUAGCGCAGCUGGGCAAGCACACAUCGUCAACGUCGUCCUUGCACCGCCAGUCGAGCAAGGAACUGCCGCGUUGUCUGACAAGGCGAGUCUACAUGCAGAGCAUGUCAUCGGUAAGGGGUCUACGCUUGCUCUAUCUUCUGUGCCCAUGCGGGUGGCUGGGGAGGUGUUUGGGGCCGCCGCGCCCUCUUCUCCGUCUGAAUCGGCAUCAUCGUCGACAUCUAGCACCACCUCAACCACUACAACCACCACAACGACCACGACAACAGAAGCACCUGAAGCGACCACAACAACAGAGGCACCAACGACGACAACCACCACAACAGAGGCACCAGCGACGACAACCACCACAACAGAGGCACCAGCGACGACAACCACCACAACAGAGGCACCAGCGACGACGACGACGACGGAGGCCCCGAUAGCAACAACUAGCACGUCUACAACGACCACGGCGGCUCCCUCUCACUUAUCAUCUACCACCUUCUCAGCUGCUGAAUUGGCGGGUGUCAUCAUCGGAAGCAUCGCUUUCGGUAUCCUUCUCGGUGCCAGUGCUGUGUAUCUGGUCUUUGUCCGGCCCUUCCCCCUGCUGUGCUGCAGGCGAAGUCCACAAGCGGACCAGAAGGAGGAUGACAAUGUGGCGGAGACCCGGGAAAUGAAGUCGGAGGGCUACGGAAGCUCACAGCUGAGUAGCGAGUACGGAAAGCAUGGACGACAGAUCAUGAGUGUUUCCAAUCAGCCCCACAAGGACGGCGUGUUCUCUGCGCACGAUCACCGCAACGCCAACCCACUCGCACUUCCCUCUAUCCACAGCCCUAAGCGCGCACUGCCGCCCGUUGCCGGCGAUCCAGAUCACGUCAAUAACUUCAACAACCGCCCGUACGUCCAGAACAGCAUCGUGCCGUGGACGGGUCGGCCGCCUGUGCUGCGCGGUCCGCAGCCUGCGUGUAUGAUUCCUACCAUCACCAAGGACGGCAAGGUUAUCCCACGCGAGAAGCGAGUACUCCCUGGCCUCGGUCUCCUCGAGACCCCGAUCAUUCCGAUCACCCUGCCUGCACCGCCAUCGCUGCCCCCGAAAACGGGGGCCGCCGCUGCCUUUACGAGAGCAAAGGAGUUCGUUCGAGCGAAGGUGCUUCGUCGCCUCCGUGGCGCCAAGUCGGCAGAAGAAGAGCAGGCAGCUGCGGAGGCAGCAAUGAAGGACCAGCCGGUCGUUCAGUGGUUUCACCACCUUGUGUACUUCACGGCGCUGGACAGGUCCCCCGGGAUAUCCGAUCUCGACGAAUCAGACGCCGACGAGGGUGAGAAACAUGACGACAGGGGCACGCGCGCUGCCGGUGUCACGGUUCCCGCUGCUGCUGCUGUUUUAGCUGCUUCUGGCGGAACAGCUGCGAAGCUUCCACUACCCGAAACCACGGACGCUCCCAUGCUAGCGCCUCGCGCUGCCCCCGCCACACCUGGCGUGCCCCCGACAGCCACGCAAUGGGCAAACGCCCAGCACCCGGCACCGCAAGGAGUGUGCGACGCGCAGUACUACCCAUCGGCGCACUCACGUAGGUCAGGGAACUCUUCAGCAGUGAUGAUGUGUCCCCCCCUGUACAAUGUCAAUCACCCCGUACAGCCUGUGCACGGCAUGGGCGGCGGCGGCGCGAUGCUUCGCUCUCCAGCGCCUGGCGGGCAGGUAGUCUCCCGCGCAACGGUCGGAGGCGGUAGCUCUACACGCUUUCCGUAUCCUUCGCAGCAAGCACCGUCACCGCAGGUGCAACCAUAUCAACAGCAGUUGUCCCUCUUGCCGAAGCAGACGACCCUCUCGCAAGCCUCGCGGUGCUCCAAGCCAUACGCCUAG